AUGUCCGACGUCUUAUCUUCUCUCUCCUUCCUCACAGACAAUGCCGUGACAGCCGCCCUUAAAGGUGUAUAUGGCUCGUUUUCCGCCCGAAGAGAAGCCUUGGGCCUCUCCAAUCCAGGCACCGUCGAGAAUGUUGCCAGAGAAGUCCAGAAGGACGUCCUGCUAUCCAACUUCAUGUUCACCGGCUUCCGCGCCGAUCUGACCAAGGUCUUCGGCAUGUCUCCUCUCUUCCGCAUUUCUCAUGCCUUCACAAUGGGUUCGCAGCAAGGGACUCUUCCCCCUUACGCAUUCUCUUCAAUGUUCGGUUCCCCAAAGGUCUUCUUACAAGGAAACCUCGGUAGCGAUGGGGCUCUAGCCGCUGUGGCCAAUUACAGGUGGAAUUCCGCAUUGGUUACAAAGACAAACACUCAGAUAAUGCCCGGUAGCGCGCAAGGCCUGGUGCAGAUUGAUAACGACUACACCGGUGCGGAUUUCUCCAUCUCCCUCAAGGCAUUCAACCCAUCAUUCCUAGAAGGGAGUAUGACAGGAAUAUUCGUGGGAAGCUAUCUCCAAUCCGUUACCCCAAGCCUCGCUCUUGGUCUUGAAGCCAUGUGGCAGCGACAGGGUCUCAGCGUGCCUCCCGAAACCGCCCUAUCAUAUUGCGCAAAGUAUAAGGGAAAUGGCUGGAUUGCCAGCGCCCAGCUGCAAGCUCAAGGCGCCAUCAAUGCCUCCUACUGGAAAAAAUUGUCUGAUAAGGUCGAAGCCGGUGUCGAUAUGAACCUGCAGUUCUCCCCCAGCCCUAGCGGGAUGAUGGGCAACAUCCGCAAGGAGGGACUCGCCACCGUCGGAGCCAAAUAUGAAUUCAGAGCCUCAACCUUCCGCGCCCAGAUUGACAGUGCUGGCAAGUUGAGCUGUCUUUUGGAGAAGCGCGUUGCCAUGCCCAUCUCUUUGACUUUUGCGGGAGAGAUUGACCAGGUUAAGCAACAAGCCAAGAUCGGCCUCGCUGUCUCCUUCGAAAUGGCAUCGGAGGAAUUAAUGGAACAGCAAGAAUCCGGCGAAAUGCCCAACGUCCCCUCCCCACCAUUCUAA